AUGUCCUUCGAUCGAAGCCGCAGUCCAGUCGCCUCCAGGGCAGCCGGAGCAGCCAAUGUCAAGAAGAAGCGAAAAGAGCUGUUCCAGAAGGAGCUCGGAUAUCAGGAUGAGAGCAAUCCGUUUGGCGAUUCAACGCUGACGGAGAAGUUCACCUGGAAAAAGAAGAAUGAGUAUCUUCAGGCAGCUGGCUUGUACAGGCCCUCAACGAAAGAGCAGCAGAUGCAGAAGAUGCAUGCGAAGAUUCGCGAGAUUCAGCAGGUGAAGAAGCGCCGCGAUGAGCGUGAAGUUGAGAGGCAGCUUUUGGAGCAACAGCGGCUGGAGCACGACAAGGAGCUCCACGACGAAGAGUAUGGCGAAUGGCUGACCAAGGAGGAGAAGUUUCACUUGGACAAUGCCAAGGCGCGAACAUCGCUGCGAAUAGACCAGGGACGCGAAAGGCCCCUGGACCUCGUGGCAAAGGCACUUUCCAUUGCCGAGGAUGAGAAGUUCGAGGAUAUGACAAUCCUUGACAAACCUCCACAUCAGCUCUUUGUGAACAUGAGCGUUGACGAGGUGGAGGAGACCCUCGAUGAAAUAGCAACCUUCGUCAGGAUCGAUUCGCAGCACAAGGAGUUCUGGCAGGCCAUGAGAUAUGUAGCGACUGACGCCUACGAAAGCAAGCGGCGCGAGAAGGCGGGUCGCUCGAAGGCCGGCUCCGCCAUCAGCGGCCUCGGCCCAGGAGUUGCCGAAGGCGUCGUCAACGAGAUCCAUGAUCUCCUUUGUGCAAAAUCGAAGCGUGAGUUGGGUGACAUGCUAGUGGAGAUCAACGACAGUUUGAAGUCCUCACCGGCCGGCCUGGACACCCAGUUCUUUGAGGCGGUCGCUGCAAAGAUUCCGCUCUAUGUCGCACGCUCUGAAGUGGAGCAUUGGCAUGAGAGUCUCCUUGGUGCCUGCCGCGUCUUUGGGCUCGAAAAUCGCUUCCAGAACCUGUGUUCAGCGCACGUGGGAGGAGCCAGGGCCUUUCUUGGCCGUGAGCUCUCCGCUCGCACGCUAGCGACUUGCGCCAUGUCCAACAACGCGUACAUGUUCAUCGCGACGGAGCCUCUGGGCCCAGUGUGGUCCCAGACAGGCUCUGAUGGAAAGUUACAGAAUCAGAACGAUGCCUGGCAGUCCUGGGCCUCCAACUACGUCUGGAUUCCUAGCUACAUUGCGUACGGGCUCGUGGACAUGGUGCCAUGGCAGGACACUGUGGCCAUGGCCGAUAUUACCUUGAAGCCUUGUCAAAGCCAAAUGGACCCUUCGAAGGGAAGAGGCAUCAAGGGCAUGGAGUCCAGCUCGAAGCGCCACGAAGGAAAAAGCUCCCUGGCACCCGAUGAGCUGCUUGGCCCAGAACGUGCAGAUGAGACUUCCGCAAGCUUGUUCUCUCAUCGGCAAGAAUUUCAUCAAGAUAUGCUGCGGAAGCUUGCGCUGCAUCUUGCAGCGCAGCCAGACGCCGAGGCUGAUUCACACGCGACUGUGCAAGAACAGCACAUGCUCGAGGAGCCAGAAAAGCUUGAGAGACAGGAAGAGCACUCGCCCGAAUGCAUUAGCCACUUCUGCGAGUGCGCGAAUUUCUUCAAGCAUGUUGACAAGCAGGACGAGGCCUCGGAUGCUCCCGACACGCCACGCAGCUUCUGCGCUACGCCAGAAGAGCAUGGCAUGCCUGUCUGGAAGGGAAAGCAUCAGCCGCCUCAACCGCCUCCACACAUGGAGUACAUGGAGGAUCUGACUGAAGGCUCUUCGCACUGUGUUUGCGUGCCCUCGUACAUCGUGCAUGGCUUGCUGGAGACCGUUUCCUUGGGCGAGGGCAAAGGCCGCGAGCGACGCUUAGGUGCUCACGAUCAGGAGUUCCAUCAGCAGAUGCUGAGAAAGCUUGCGCUGCACCUAGCGGCGCAGCCGGGAAGUGAUUUGUCGACCGGCUCAUAUCCGGCGCACGCCCCGCAAAGCCCGGAUCUGGAGAAAAGCAGGGCAGGAAGGAGAGGCCAGCAUCAACAAGGAAAGGGUUUCUUUCAGCACGACAGCAGACCUCAGCAGGAGGAAUUUCACCGACAAAUGCUGCAGAAGCUUGCGCUGCAUCUCGCAGCACAGCCAGACACGCCCACCCCGAGUCCACACGCCAGCCAACAGGUGGCGCCACUGUCCAUGAGCCCUGCUGUGGCUGAGGCCCACACAGCAGUACCAGCACCGGAGGUCAGGAAGGCUCCGAGCUCAUUUUCCCAGGGCCAUCAGAGCCAUCCAGCCCUCCAGCCCGAGUGCAACCAGGAGCUUCUUCGUAAGCUCGCGCUGCAUUUGGCGGCGCAGGAUCAUCCCUUGGACAAGCCCCAUCUUGAUGUUCAGGGGGAUAGCAUCAAAUGGCAGCCCAUGAACGACCCCGCGGCCAUUGGCGAGGACAAAGCCAGCUGCGACAGGCUCAUCACCGAGCUGGAGGGGAACAACAGGGACAAGCACCUCAAUUGGGUACUUUCAGUUGUUCGACCCUUCUCCCUGACGCAGUUUGGAUCUCGUGUUGUGCAAAAAGCUAUAGCGACUGCAUCAGUGCAGGAGCGGGAAAAGUUCGCCCAGGAGCUGCUCUCGCAUUCCAUGGACCUCUACGUGUCUCCGCACGGCAAUCACGUCCUAGCGAAGCUGAUUGAAGUGUUGCCGUCCUCACGGCUGGUUUGCAUUGCCGAAUCCAUGAAGGGACAGGCAGCCACCGUUGCAAGGCACCAGUUCGGCAGCCGUAUCCUGGAACGUUUGCUGGAGCAUUGCAGCGAGCAGCAGAUAGGCUUCCUCCAAAACGAGCUCUUGGAUGAUCUGGAAGCUCUGGCGCGCCACGCGUUCGCAAAUUUUGUGGUACAGCAUCUCUUUGAGCACGGGACGCCGGAGCGCAAGACCCUCUGCCUGCAGAAGCUGCUCCCCCAUGUCCUGCAGCAUGCCACCCAUAAGACAGCCAGCAAUGUGGUCCAGCGCAUGCUCGAACAUGCCGACGUCAGCAGCCAGGCUCUCAUAGCAGAUGCCUUCCUAGCCGGGGAGGGAGAGGCCUCACUGGAAACCAUCGCUGCUACGCGGUAUGGUAGCUUCGUCAUACACUCUCUAGUGGACAAGCUCCACCCACGAAUCGAUGCGGUCAAGGAUCGAGUGAAGGCAGCUCAUCCUCAACUCCAGGAGUCCAAGUUCAGCCAGAAGAACAUUUUGGAUUUCCUCGGCGAAGCUUUCUUCCGGGAGUGA